AUGCUGUGUACGAAGCAUUACGUUAACAGUUCUAUGUAUAGCUAAGUAAAGUAUAUGUUUUAAAUGUAUUCACAGUAUGAAGUUGUAUUGUUUUCUAGCGUCUCAAUCAGUUUAAAAGUGAGUAACAUCAGCAGCAGGGUGAAAUGGCCGCUGUGGAGAGCGGCGGAGGCUACAGUCAAAAGCGAAACACAAAUUCACAAGACUCCCAGCAGCCAUCUCCUCUCGCCUUGUUGGCAGCCACAUGCAGUCGAAUUGACACCCCAGGAGAGAAUGAUUCCCCUGCAGACCAGCAACAACAAAACCAGCAGCAACAGCUGGACCUAAACCAGGGUGUUUUCACCUCCAGUGCCAACGGCUGGCAGGUUGUCCCACUUAGCAUUCAAACAACCUCAGGCACUAACACCAUCACCACCGACUCUUCAGGGGUGAUGAUGACAGUAGGAGACAUAGGCAAGAGCAGACAGGUGCUGUCACCAUCAGCAGCUGUGGUGAGCACUCAGGGACAGCAGCAACAGCAACAGCAAUACGUAGUCGCUCAGGCUCCAUCCAUGCAGGGUCAGCAGAUGCUUACCACCAUAUCGGGUAUGAUGCCCAACAUUCAGUACCAGGUUAUUCCCCAGUUUCAGACAGUAGAUGGCCAGACACUGCAGUUGGCACAUGCUCAUCAGGAUUCUGGGGUACCUACCGCUGGACCAGGCCAGCAGUUUCAGAUAGUGUCAUCUUCUAAUGGCCAGCAGAUCAUAGCUGCAACCAACAGAGCUGGUGCAGCAGGAAACAUCAUAACGAUGCCCAGUCUCCUUCAGGGAGCCAUCCCCAUACAAAAUAUAAGCUUAGGCAAUGGCAUGUUACAAAACCAGCACCAGUUCCUGGCAAAUAUGCCCGUGUCACUAAAUGGAAACAUCACUCUGUUGCCCGUUAGCACUGGAACAAGUGGAGGGGGAGAUGCAAAUGGUGGAGGGGAUACAGGGGGAAACCAACUUAUACAGCAACAUCCAGUGUCCAGCGGGGCAGGUUACAUGACAAGCGCGUCCGCUGUCACCACGCAGACCACUUCUUAUGGAAUGACCCAAACGCGUAACAGCAAUGGAGUGGCGACGGGGUCAUUCCAGCAGAACACUGCAUCUUCUCUAGGUGUCCCGAUACAGCCGGACAACCGAGACGGGCAGCAGCCACAGCAGAUCCUUAUCCAGCCUCAGCAGGUUAUCCAAGGUGGAACCCCCCUCCAGACCAUCCAGGCUGGGGGUCAGGUAUUUGCAACUCCGACACUCAGCCAGGAAGGGCUUCAAAAUCUUCAAAUUAUGCCAAACACAGGCCCCAUCCUCCUGCGCACUGUAGGCCCCAAUGGCCAGGUGAGCUGGCAGACCAUUCAGAUCCAGAGUCCGACAGGACCACAGAUCACGCUGGCCCCAAUGCAGUCCCUCCCCCAACUUGGCCAGACUCAGGGUGCUGCUGCAGCUGGAGGAGUGUCUGUUAACACAGUGCAGAUCCCAGGCAUCCAGACCAUAAAUCUUAACACACUCGGAGGAGGCUCCGGGCUGCAGAUGCACCAGCUGCACCAGCUGCAGACUGUUCCCAUCACCAUCGCUAGCACAGCAGGAGAACAGGCGCUACAGACAGGCGGAGAAAGUUUGGAUGAUAGCACAGCUAUGGAUGAUGAGGACAUAAGCCCACAACCUCAAGGCCGACGAAACCGCAGGGAAGCCUGUACCUGCCCCUUCUGCAAGGAUGGAGAAGGACGUGACCCAACUAAAAAGAAGCAGCACAUUUGCCACAUCUCGGGCUGUGGGAAGAUCUACGGCAAGACAUCCCACCUGAGGGCCCAUCUGCGUUGGCACACAGGAGAGCGACCCUUCGUCUGCAGCUGGUCUUUCUGUGGCAAACGAUUCACCCGUUCAGAUGAGCUUCAGCGCCAUAAGAGGACGCACACAGGUGAAAAAAGGUUUAUUUGUCCAGAGUGUCCCAAGCGCUUCAUGCGCAGCGAUCAUCUCUCCAAGCACAUCAAAACCCACUUAAACAAGAAAGCCGUCGCCACCAGCAGCAGCACCACAGUCUCGACGGACGCUGCUUCCCCUACAGCAGGAACGAAAAUCGGCACAGGAGCAGUGUCAGCCAGUGACCAGCACACCAUCGUCACCAUGGAAACCUUAUCUGCAGAGAGCAUAGCUCGAUUAGCUAGCAGUGGGAUCAACAUGAUGCAGGUGGACCUUCACCAAAUUAAUGGCAACAGCUACUAAGGGAGGGCUGUGGUGGAUGUUGCAUUUGGACAUUUGGGGUUGAAGGGCAUCUCUGACUGCAGACACGGAACCUCCCAAAGGCUUCAGACAGGAGAGGCGGUCACACAUGCAACACAACAGACACUAUUGAAUUUGAGAACUGGGGCAGGGAAAUGGAUCUCCAUCUUGUAUUUAAGAUACCUGUGGCAUUUUAAUGUCAGAGUUGGAUGAAAAUGUUAGACUUGUGAAAUCAUCAUGAAAUCUUAUUUCCCCUGAAAUGGAAAUGGCACUACACUAACCUUUGUCCCACGCGAAGACUCAAAAUCUUACUUGAUAGUGGGAUUGCAAUAUCACACACUGACCGGCACUCUUGAUGUUUCAUUGGUAGCUAGUAAUAUCCUCUCUAAAAGCUUAUUUUAGUAAAGAGAUGACACUACUAACUCACUCUCACCCUUGUUUCCAACGCUGUGAGCUUUUGAUACUUGUUCCUGUUCCCCUCAGGUGUUUCUGCCCUCUCAGACUGGGCUGCUGGAUCAGGCUUGCCUCUCAGGCUUACUGGCCCAUAAUGCUGUAUUCACCCCUAAAACUGAAAUUAUAACAAUCUUGAGCAGCAAAUAUUUUGAAUUGGUUGCAGUUUUGGGAGAACGGGACGUGUUCACAAACUUACAAUCCCAGUAUGAGGAAUAAUAUAUGAAAGCGUUUUAGGGUGAGCCGUUUAGAGGAGGGCUGGAGUACACCAGGUCAGAGAGCACUAAUCAGUGAGAAUGUAGGUGUGUCGGGGGCACUGAAAUCCUGAGAAGAACUCUUUAAUCUCUUAUGUAGGUACACAUUCAAGCCAUCAUGCUUUUGAUAUGUUUAUCAUAGCAAAACAUUUUGAUUUUUUUUGUGUAUACAUAUAUAUAUUUUUGGUAAUGUAAAGGCUACAUACAUUCUUAGCUUAGGCACGAUCAUUUUACUGAAAUUGC